AUGGCGGCGGAGACCGGCAUUGUUCCGGACGUCAACGACGAAACUUCCAACUUCGACAUCUUGGCCAAAUGGGAAAAUCAGCAAAAGUACGGAAAAAAAAACGAUUAUAUGUCAAGCGAGCCGCCAGAAUCGCGCACUGCUUGAGAAAAAAAAGCCAGCAAAAAAGAAAAGUCAGGAGCUUGUUGCGCUCCACCGAUAACUAAAGCCAAAAUGAGGCUCUAGCUUUUAUAGCUGAUUCACGGCUAGCUUGGGACGCUAAGGGGCGUGGUCUCUCUGCACUCUCCACGAUCCAGGCGCUAUCUCGUGCAUUAUCGUGUCAGGACCCUUUUUUCGAUGGCUCAAGCCAGCCGUGAAUCAGCUAUAUCAAGUCGUGUUUUUCUUUCAUUUUAAAUGACUUUAGUUUCGAUUUUGUAUUAUUUAAAAAGGUUUUGAUGAAGAAUUUCGAAAAAAAAAGGCUAUAGAACAUUUUUCGCAUGUUUCUUCCGUUUCCAUGCAAAACACAGAUGAAAGGAUCGGUAAAGCGAACCGGACACGCCCCGGACGGUUCUGAGCAGUUGUAGGGGACAGCUAAGAGACGUCGCUGAAGGGAUUUUAUAGUUUCACAUCAAAUUUUUUUUUUUCUGUCAUCGGUAGAGCAAAUGUCAUUUUCUGGUAAUUUGUCUUUGACUCUUAUUUUUAGCUCGUUUUUUUGCAGCUUUUUUUUGUCAGACACUCAAAAUUGUAUCAAAAUGGGAUUUCAGGACAUCUUUCUUCAAAACCACCAAGAAAUCGUUCCCGAUGUACCCGUUCAUGGAGGAGAAAGUUCGGGUCAGUUUUGGAAUCCUUCCAAAAAAUAUUCAAAGCUUUUUUCACACUCUCUCAAAUAUAAAUUUAGAUGGAUGAUUACGGUGAGAUAAUCCGGCCGGAUGACUAUAUCAUAGCUGCCAAGCUGGAGCCGAGAAAGAACAGUGAAUCGGAACAGGUGGGAGUUGGAGUACAUCCCUGUUUCACCUCGAUUUUCGUCCAGGACAACGUCAAAAAGGAAGAAGAAGACGAAGAAAUGGCCGAGCCCGUCGUCGAGGAACAUCCCACCAAGUGUGUCGAGUUCAAGAGAAGAACCGAGGUACUGGGAUUCAUCUCUGACUCUCCGAAAUCUAGUUAUCUUUUUCAUUUCUCUGACGUUUUUUGAAUUUUUUGGGUUAAUGGCAAAAGCUUAUCAAUACAGGUUAUCUAAAAAACGCAUUGGAAUAAUCGAUUCACGGCUGAGGUAUCAAAAAUGGGUCCUGACACGAUAAGAAAAGAGAGUGUCUGGUUGUUGGAGAGCGCAGGCAGGCCACGCCCCUUCCAGAGGUAUCCAAGCCGUCCAUAGUCCAUUCACUGCGGCUAGACAGUUUUCGAGCGUCUCUCCUUAGGAUCUUCAGAGUGGUCCCUAAAAGGGCCCUUGGAGGGUCCCCACACCACUUUACCAACCCUAUAUGGACCACUAAAGCUUGCAAAAGUGGUCCCUAUAGGGGACUUGCUAGCCGAUAACUUUUAUGAAAUCUGGGUGAAGAAGCUUUUCCAUGCGAAAAACUAAAAAAAAUAACCUUUUUUGAAUAAAAUUUACUUGACGUAGAGGUCAGACCCUGAACCCCUGUAGGGAUACCUUAAUUUUACCCCUAUAGGAACCAGGAACCAAAUUGAACUUUAGCGUCCCCUAGAGAGGCUCUUUUCCCUCCUAACCCCUAUAGGGACUACUCAAAAAUUCCGAACUCUGUUUUCUCACCGGCGAUGUCAGAGAAACAUGAAAAUAGCAUGUAAACAUGAGAGAGUCGCUGAGAGGCAAGGAGAACCUCGAAAAACGGAUCAUUAAAAUAUUUUCUUCUCAAUAUUGCUGAUUAAAAUUUCUAUUUUUAGUAAAACUUCAGUUUUUUUUUUAUUUGGUCAAGAUCACUAUAGUCUGUUCAGAUUUUGAAUGUCAAGUAAAAUGACGUCAUUCGAAAACGCUCUAUGAUUGGUUUAUUCAGCCAUAAAGGGGCGGAGCUUGAGCGAUGACUUGACACCCAAAAUUUGAACAGACUAUACAAGAGUUUCCUACUUGAAGGUCCUCUGCCGCGUGGAAUUCAUCGAAUACGAAGGAAUCGCCGACGGAGAAUCCACGAAACGACUUUUGCUGAAUCUGAUGCCUCGUCAAGUGAUAAUUAUCCACGGAUCGGGUCAAGACACGAGAGAAUUGGCGUCGUAUUUCAGGGACAACGGAAUGGAUCCGGUAAAACUUUUAUCUGAAGCUUUUUUCGUCAUUGUUUUUCUGUAUUUCUCCCAACAUGGCUGCAGAGAUUAUACAAGAAAAUUUUGAUUGGAUCUUCUGAAAAUAACAAAUUUUUCAUGAGAAAAAUAGUUGAUAAUAGGGAAGGAGUAUGGGUAAGAUAUCAAAAAAAUCAAUUUUCAUUAGGCUACCGUACCUUAGGAAAAAUCAAAAAAAGUGGCAUUUUUUUCCGUCUUCCGUAUAUCUGUUUCUGAGCUUUUCGUGGAUAUAAGAACAUUUUUUCGAUUAUUUUCUUCCAGUUAUAGUUAAUUUUACCGGCUUGAAAGGCGAGGGGGGCGAACUGAGGUCAAACGCGAGCCCCCCGUUUGUUUACAGUUUUUCAAUAAAUAGUAAUUUUAAAGGUUGGGAGAAAGUUUUUUUGAACGAAUUCCAUGAAAUUUAUUAAAAACCUGGUCUUCCCUACUUUUUUUCAUGAUCCUUGUCACCCCUCCCGCCUUUCAAAUCAGGUAAAAUUGAUUGUAAUAAUAUUUUUUUCAUAUAACAAUAAUAAUAAUAGUUUAUUCAUUGCCAUAAAAAAACAUUAGGUAGUAUAGAAAAAGUAUAAGUGAUGUAUGAGGGAGAUAUAAUCGUUCUCUCCUAGAUGAAAAAAAUUUCGCUCUUAUAUUUUUGAUUAAAGUUCAGUUCUGCAACCUUGACCGUUUCAUGCCGAAAAAUGAACCGGAUAGAGAAAAUUAUUAUAACUUGAAUAAAACUCUCAGGACAAAAUCGAGGCUCCGAACGCUGGCCAAUGGGUCGACGCCUCCGUGGAAUCGUACAUCUAUCAAGUCGCCUUGAGCGACGCCAUCUUGGCCGACAUCAAUUUCCAUGAGGUACAGGGAUUUUCGAGAGUAGGAAGGGCAAAGUCGGAAUGGUGGAUAAUGGCCGCUGAAAGGCAGGAAAAAGGGUGCAAAAAGGCUACAGAGAGGGUGCAGAAAGGCAGCAGAAUGGGAGCAAAAAGGGAUCAGAAAGGCCGCAAAAAGGUCCCUUUAUCAAGCCUUCCAUUUUUUCUGGGACUUUGAAGGCUCAAGAAAUGGUGGAAAACGGGAGAGGCAACAAAAAUGGUGCAUAAUAGUGUUCUAAAAUUCGACCGUUCGACCAAUUAGACCGUUCAACUGAUAUGACCGUUCAGUUUUUCGAACGGUUAUAACAUGUCAUUUUUCUGACCGUUCGUUUGACCGACCAAUUUCUGAAAUUUACGAAACCGACCGACCAUUUUUGAAGUGACAUUUCGAACGUUCGAAAAAUGACCGACCAUUUUCAGAGUGACAUUUCGAACGGUCAAAAAAUGACCGACCAUUUUCAGAGUGACAUUUCGAACGGUCAAAAAAUGACCGACCAUUUUUGAAGUGACAUUUCGAACGUUCGAAAAAUGACCGACCAUUUUCAGAGUGACAUUUCGAACGGUCAAAAAAUGACCGACCAUUUUCAGAGUGACAUUUCGAACGGUCAAAAAAUGACCGACCAUUUUUGAAGUGACAUUUCGAACGUUCGAAAAAUGACCGACCAUUUUCAGAGUGACAUUUCGAACGGUCAAAAAAUGACCGACCAUUUUCAGAGUGACAUUUCGAACGGUCAAAAAAUGACCGACCAUUUUCAGAGUGACAUUUCGAACGGUCAAAAAAUGACCGACCAUUUUCAGAGUGACAUUUCGAACGGUCAAAAAAUGACCGACCAUUUUUGAAGUGACAUUUCGAACGUUCGAAAAAUGACCGACCAUUUUAAGAGUGACAUUUUGAACGGUCAAAAAAUGAACGACCAAUUUUGAAAUGGCGUUUCAAACGAUCGAAAUUUGACUGAAAAAAGUUUGAAAUGUCUGAAAUGAAAUAAAUUGAAUCAACGUUUGCGAAAAGUAUGGAAUUUUGAGAAAACUCCGCGUGCUUCGUGAUAAUGAGUAAGCUCCUAGUUACUCUGACAAGGAAACUGUUUUUAUCCCCCGGUUGAACUUUUGAUGAAACUUCGCAGGGGUGUACUUUAAGGCAUGCUGAUUCCAAAUCAAAAAUAAAAUAUCUCGCCUUUUGCCUCGUAGUCAAAUUAUGACGGCUCAAAGUUUGCACGUGAAAGACUGGAACGCAGUAAGAAGGAAUGUGUCUCGCGCACGAGCCCUCACUUCCAGCGUAAGAGAAAAUUUUCGAAUAGGCAUUUCGAACGGUCGAAAAAUGACCAACCAAUUCAAGAGUAACAUUUUGAACGGUCAAAAAAUGACCGACCAUUUUGAGAGUGACAUUUCGAACGGUCAAAAACUGACCGACCAUUUUUGAAGUGACAUUUCGAACGUUCGAAAAAUGACCGACCAUUUUCAGAGUGACAUUUCGAACGGUCAAAAACUGACCGACCAUUUUCGAAGUGACAUUUCGAACGUUCGAAAAAUGACCGACCAAUUUCGAAGUGACAUUUCGAACGUUCGAAAAAUGACCGACCAAUUUCAGAGUGACAUUUCGAACGGUCAAAAACCAACAUGUCAUUCUGAAGUGACAUGUUGAAAUGUUGAAACUCCAACCGUUCGACCAAUGACCAUUUAUUAUGACAUGUUGAAAAAAUAUUGGUCGAACGGUCGGUCGAACGGUCAAUUUUCGAAACUAUAGUGCAUAAGGGCUGAGAAAAUGGCGCAAAAAGGCAGCAAAAAAGGAACAUUUCUAUGGAGCCUUCCAGCAGCCCUAUGGACCCUCGGAGGGACCUUCCGACUUUCUGAUUUUUCCACCAUUUUCCUGUUUCAUUGUCUUUGUUUAUUGGAAAAUGGGUAAAGAUCUCUCAAUUCGCCUAAAGUUCCGGAUGAAACCACGAAAAAUAAACUUCAAAAAGGCUCCAAAAGGAGAUUUUUUCAAGAUAUUCCUAAUAGCCUGGAUCUUUUUUGGAGCUUUUCCUAUAGGUUUAACUUCGCGACUUGGAAAUCAUAAUAACUAAACAAGCCUCUGGAAAUUUUAGUUAAGGUUUUGACAGGUUCCGCCCCCUUUUGAGGAUUACUGUAAGCAAAAUUUGAAAAAUGAACUUUUUUUUUCAUAGUUUAUUAUGAAGGAAAUGUACUUGAAAAUGAAAAAAAUAAGGCUAAAAAUUGACAUUUUUGAGUUGAACAUUUUUUUCGAAUUAAAAAAAUCGAUUUUAUUGGAAAUUGUGAAUUUUUCAGUUUUUGAGGUUUUUCGAAAAAUAAUUCUUCCAUAGGCUUUUCCUUCAUUUUUCCUUUGUUAAAUUAAAUUAUAAAUUAUUUAUGAGACUUCCAAAAAAACGAAAAAAAGGAUUGACAAAAAAAGUCGGAAAAGGAUCAGGCGAAAAAAAUUUGGAAAAAUUGAAAGAUUUGCUAAUUUUUUUAAUUAGUACCAACAGCACUUUGGAAUCUACCAAAAAAAAAAUAUUGAUUUUUUCCAGGCCCCUGAUGGUAAUGCCCUGGCUUGGAUCGACGCCAGGAUCAUCGAAAAAGAAUCGAUGGACAGUAUGAUUUCCGAUCAGGCGGAUACUGUACCCCAGGGUGAUAACGAGGUGAUGGAGGUGAGAAAUCGAAAAAAAAAAUCGUGGAAAAUUUUUUCUAAUGAGAAAAGGGACCAAAAUGACUGAAAAUGUUGUUUUGAAGUUUGAAAAAAUCACAUUUUUGCUCUCGAAAAAUUCGAUUUUAAUUUUGGAUAGAAGGCUUUGAAAAAUAAGAAACAAUUAUCAUAGUUAAAUAAUAAAAAAAGUACUAUUUAUUUUUUUGAUUUUUCCUUCUUUUUCAAAUUUUUACAGUGAUUUUCUGGAAAAAUUGGGCCAUUCUUGCCAUUUUUUUACACUGGAUAAUUGAAACCUUUUUGGCAAACUCAUGGGAUUUUUUUUAAAGUUAAGAUUAGCUAAACUCAACCAAAAUCACUUGGAAAAUAGAAAAGUUAUUAUAGUUUGAUCUUUGAAAAGUAACAAUAAUUAUUCACCUGAUCCCUGUUUCAAAGUUUCUUUUAUUUCUUUGAUUUUUCAUUUAGGCAAUGGGUUUUCAUCGUACAUGUUUAAAAAAACAACUAAAAUCGAAGUUUACACGGUAAUUUUCUGGAAAUUUAGGCCGUUUUUCGCAUUUUUCAAACUUGAACGAUGGUUUUUUUUCCACCAGAAGAAGCAGAUUUUUAUCAAGAUUAGCAGUAUUUAGAUAAUUAUAGAAAAGCCUUCCUUCAGACCGGAAAAAAAAUGGAAAGAAAACCGUCCUACAGGAAAAAGUUGACAAAGUCUUUUGAGAAAAACUUAAUAACUUACUUUGAUCAAAAUAAUGAGGCCUUAAUAAAGUCAUUGAGUGAUUUUUAUUCGUAAAAAGAUUUUUCGAAUCACCCAGAGACGUUGGAGUGGUCACUAGAGGGGUUAGAGGAAAAAAAUAGCCUCUACAGUAGAAAAAUAAAAACUUGAUUGAUUAGUUUUUUUAAAUUUUUUUAUUCUAAUUUUUUUCUCAUUAUUUUUUUCCCCUGGAGUGACCACUUUCGCAAGCUGUAGGUGGUCCCUGGAGGGGAACCUUCAAAAGCAUUUAAGGUGCCAAUAUAUGGACCAAUCUGACGUUAAGCAACUGAAAAAUAUUCACCGACCCCUGAAAAUUUUCCUUGACGCCUUGUUGACAGUAAAUUCUUCCAGACCUCACAUCGGGAAAAUAUGACGUCGAUUUUCUCACGCAUUUCCAAUUUUUAAGAUGAUUAGACGGACCUUUUCAGUAAUAUUCGCGUUCCUGGGAAUCGUACAUUUCCUUAAUCUAAUUUUCGUUGCUGUACAGGUGGGCGCUGGGCUUCCUGAAACUUGGAAGUUGGAAUCAUUUUUGAUCGGUUUUUGGUCAUGUAUUGGAUUAAAAGUAUAAACUAAAAAUUUUCGGAUCUUUUUCGGGUCCGCGGGUCUUUUUUUUAAAGAAAUAUAGCUUCUGACUAAUUACUAGUACCGAAAGUGGUAAAUAUAAUUAGUUCUAUGCUCCAAAAAAGCUUGGAACCUUGAAAUAUUCGAAUUUUUCUCAGGUCGACGAGAACAAAGAAGAAGACGAAGAUGAGCUCAAAUCACGGGCCAAGCAACAUUCCUUGAGGGAACGUCUUCGAGGCAAUCUCAUGCUCGAAGUCCUCACUUCCAAGGAAAUUCCCUGUCAUGAGGUUGACUUGGACCUUUUUCGGAACACAAAAAAGCCCCUUUCUAGGCCGUCUAUGUAAACGAUCCCAAGCUCUCCGAGUUCAAAAACGUCCUGGUGGAAAAGGGAUACAAGGCUGAGUUCCAGGCGGGCUCCCUGCAGAUCAAUGGAGGUUUGCAAAAUGAAAAAAAAAAUCUGAUCUAAUCAAUCAUUAGAAAUAAAAUGGGAUUCUACAAAAAUCAGCUAAACAAUUCCAAAUCAAUGAAAAAUUUGGAAAGUUUUGACAUUUUUAUUUAUGACUGACAGACUGUGGCUUGAGGAAUAUCAUACCUGAAUCUGAAAAUGAAAAGAAUUUUUUCCGAUCACUUUUUGACUUAACAAAAAUUCGCUUCUGCCUGUCUAUUAAACUUUAAAAAAGGAAUUUUUGUUUUUGUUUUUAAAGUUUUUCACCAACCCCCUUUUCUUGUUUUUGCCUCUCCUCUUUUCUGGUCCCACUGAGACUAUCCCAUGUAUGAGGAAUAUUGAAAAAUUCAGUGAAAAUUUUCGAAAAAAUUGAUAUGAAGGUACUUCUGUGAGAGGCGUUCACCCCACUUUAGUGAUCACUAUAGGCCUCUCAACGCCCUGAAUUUUUAAAAAUCAAUUUUAAUCACUCAAAGGAGUCCUCCAAGCUUUCCCGACGAUUCUGAGACCUUUAGUGGCCUCUUUAGAAAAUCACUUUAGUGUCCACUUGAAAUUAAAGAACUGAUUUUUCUGGAAUUUCUGAAAAAAGAGAAGCCGGAGUUUCAUCUUCAUGAUUUUUUUAUCGAUUUAUCGAUCUAUUCUGAAGGUGAUUUUCCAAGUUUACAGGUGCAUUUUCGAUCCGUCGCGCCGACACGGGCUCGUUUUCACUGGAAGGCGCCUUCUCCAAGGAUUAUUAUUCGCUCCGAAACAUUUUCUAUGAACAAUUUGCUGUUUUGUAA